ACUAAGGUGAAAAAAGAAGGUCGGAAAAUUAAAAUUGGACUGGAAUCAUAAUUACUGUCUCGGCUUUCGCCAAGUUUGCAGAGAAUUUUCCAGUUUAUUGGAUAAAAUUCGUGGAAGUAGAACAGUUAUAUGUUGAUAUGUCUAAAAAUUACCUGAAAGAAGAUCAAAACAGGAGGUUGGAGGUAUUGGAAUCUUUGGGAGUGAAAGAAGAUGAUAUCAAGAGGGAUAUAGAGAUUUUAAGGAACUGGGCAGAAAAGGAGAAGCAUUUACCACAAGAUUUCAUUAACGAUGAAUUGUUUCUAGAGCGUCUUCUGUUGAAUAACAAAUUCCGAAUAGAACAAUCCAAAAUAAAAUAUGACAAUUAUUUCACCAUGAAAGCCGAAUAUAAUUUUUUUUACCAGGGAAUUGAGAAAGUGAUACCAUCGUCAAUACCUGUAGUGAAAUUUCCACUGAGAAAAUUGACCAAUGAAGGCAAACGAGUGAUUCUGAUUUGUGUGUCUAAUCAUGGACAAACGGUAGGGGCAGAUUUCGAGGAAUGCCUCAAAUUUCAAGUGGCAGUUUCGGAAAUCAUGAACAAGUACAGUUUUACCGAUUCAAGAAUUGCCAUUAUAGAUGUGUACGGUUUGAAGUCCGGAUUUUUCAAGAAUUUCGACGUUUCAAUGUUGCACAAGCAUCUGAAAUUGAUCAGGAACUGCUACAGUGGAAGGGUGGCAGCUAUACACAUGGUAAACUUGACAAAUUUCGCAAAUUUGCUGUUGGGCGGAAUCAAGAUGAUUUUUAAAGACGUCGCGUCUAAGAUCAAAGUUCACGAAAACUUAGAAUCCCUUCACAGAGAAGUGCCUCGGGCAAUUCUACCAAAAGAUUACGGUGGAGAUGAUAUUCCUGUUGCAGAGUACCUCAAAAUAUGGAACGAUAUUAUCAAGGAAGAAGAGAUAUUUUUGAAAAAUCUACGGUAUCAGGUUGCGGAUGAAUCUCUUAGAAUUGGAUUUUCCAAUCUUAAGUCAGACGAAUUUGGCGUAGAUGGCACAUUCAAGCAACUCAAUAUAGAUUGAAAAUUUGAAGUAUAACUAGAAGUAUAUUUUCCUAGCUCUGUGGUGUCUGAGCAGUAAUGCCAUGUUUUGAAUACUUUGAAUGAUUUCGAAUGUGAUAUCUGUUCUGAUAAAUAAAAAAUUAAUUUGCUUUA